UCUGGAGACCGGCUAGAGAGUAGCCACAGGGUACCGAAGCAAAGGUCUGCAGCCGCAUGCCGAGCUGGGUCAGAGCUAUGGAUGAGCUGCUUCUGUUUGAAGGCCAGCGUACUGUAGUUGGACCUGCCUAGCUGUGGGAUAAAAAGGCUGAAUGGGAAGUCCAUAGGAAAAAGCUACUGAGAAAGUAUGCUCUUUUUGGUCUGUCUGACCUACUUGAGCGAGUGCUAUUAAUUGACAACAUCUUGGAGGGACAAAAGGAACUUUACUGUCUGUACUUUGUACCAAAGACCUGGGAAAACUAAACAUCCUCAGUCUUUCCUAAGUACUUGGAAAACGCUGACAAUUUCGGGUAAUGUGCUGACUGGCCACUAUGGGCAGGCGAUACCCAGGGGCUCACUGUCAUCCAAGCAGUUCAUUUGACUCCAGAGCAGACACCUUGGCAGUGUUUAUGGCCAGCAGCAACACAACAGACGUUGUGAAUAGAAACAACCCCGCCACGCCACCCAACACCCUUAAUCUUCGCUCCUCCCAUAACGAACUGUUGAAUGCUGAAAUAAAACACACCGAAACCAAGAACAGCACACCUCCCAAAUGCAGGAAAAAAUAUGCACUAACUAAUAUUCAGACAGCCAUGGGGCUCUCCGAUCCCGCCGCCCAGCCCCUCCUGGGAAACGGUUCUGCCAACAUCAAGCUCGUGAAGAAUGGGGAGAACCAGCUCCGCAAGGCGGCCGAGCAACAGGGACCCCAAGAUCCCAACAAAAACGUCUCCCCCACCGCCGUCAUCAACAUCACUUCGGAGAAGUUAGAGGGGAAAGAACCCAGUCCCCAGGAUUCCUCGGGCUGCGAAAUCCUCCCUUCCCGGCCCAGGAGAACCAAGAGCUUCCUCAAUUACUAUGCAGACCUGGAAACCUCAGCCCGGGAACUGGAACAGAACCUGGGGAAGAGCCAUGUGGUGAUGGAAGAGAAGUCUGGGGGCAGCCAGGACCAGGCUUCCACCGUGAUUGGAAACGGGGAUGCGCUGCCACGGAAACCAAAUAAGCAUCCGUCCAGCCCGGAGGACGGUCAGGUGGCCACCGUGUCGUCCAGCCCGGAGACCAAGAAGGACCACCCUAAAACGGGGGCUAAGACAGAUUGUGCUCUCCACCGGAUCCAGAACCUGGCCCCCAGCGACGAGGAAUCCAGCUGGACCACGUUAUCCCAGGACAGCGCAUCACCUAGCUCCCCGGAUGAAGCAGCAGACAUAUGGAGUGAUCAUUCAUUUCAGACGGAUCCAGAUUUGCCACCUGGAUGGAAAAAAAUUUGUGACAUUGCUGGGAUCUAUUACUGGCAUAUACCAACGGGAACCACCCAGUGGGAACGUCCUGUGUCCAUCCCAGCAGAUCUUCAGGGUUCUAGAAAAGGGUCCUUUAGUUCUGUAACUCCAUCUCCCACCCCAGAGAAUGAGAAACAGCCAUGGAGUGAUUUUGCUGUUCUGAAUGGGGGAAAGAUUAAUAGUGACAUUUGGAAGGAUUUGCAUGCAGCCACAGUUAACCCAGACCCCAGUUUAAAAGAGUUUGAAGGAGCCACCUUACGCUAUGCAUCUUUGAAACUCAGACAUGUCCCACAAGCUGAUGAUGAUGAUUCCUGUAGUAUUAAUAGUGACCCAGAAGCCAAGUGUUUUGCUGUCCGCUCUCUGGGAUGGGUAGAGAUGGCAGAAGAGGACCUCGCCCCUGGUAAGAGCAGUGUGGCCGUGAAUAACUGCAUCCGACAGCUUUCGUACUGCAAAAAUGACAUCCGAGACACGGUCGGCAUUUGGGGAGAGGGGAAAGACAUGUAUCUCAUUCUGGAGAACGAUAUGCUCAAUCUGGUUGACCCCAUGGAUCGGACUGUCCUUCAUUCUCAACCUAUUGUGAGCAUCCGUGUGUGGGGCGUGGGCCGAGACAACGGCCGGGAAAGAGAUUUUGCUUAUGUAGCAAGAGAUAAAGACACGAGAAUUUUGAAAUGUCACGUUUUUCGAUGUGACACACCAGCAAAGGCCAUUGCCACGAGUCUCCACGAAAUCUGUUCUAAGAUUAUGGCUGAACGGAAGAAUGCCAAAGCUGUUGCCUGCAGCUCAUUACAGGAAAGAACUAAUGGGAAUCUUGAUGUUCCUUUGCAAGUAGAUUUUCCAACACCAAAGACUGAGCUGGUACAGAAGUUCCAUGUGCAGUACUUGGGCAUGUUACCUGUAGACAAACCAGUAGGUAUGGAUACCCUGAAUAGUGCCAUAGAAAGUCUUAUGACCUCGUCGAACAAAGAAGAUUGGCUGCCAGUCACCAUGAAUGUUGCUGAUGCCACCGUGACUGUCAUCAAUGAGAAGAAUGAAGAGGAAGUUCUAGUGGAGUGCCGCGUUCGCUUCUUGUCUUUCAUGGGAGUCGGCAAGGACGUCCAUACUUUUGCCUUCAUCAUGGAUACAGGGAAUCAGCGUUUUGAGUGCCAUGUCUUCUGGUGCGAGCCUAAUGCAGGCAAUGUGUCAGAAGCGGUACAGGCUGCGUGCAUGCUACGGUAUCAGAAGUGCUUGGUGGCUCGACCUCCUUCCCAGAAAGUUCGUCCCCCCCCUCCUCCAGCAGACUCAGUGACCAGAAGAGUCACGACCAACGUAAAACGAGGUGUCUUAUCUCUCAUUGACACUUUGAAACAGAAACGUCCCGUGACCGAAACGCCAUAAAGUCCCCCCAUUCGAGGAUUCUGUCCCACUUACCUGAAGAUCCAGUAGCUACAGAUACUACAGAAACGUGAACGAUUUUGCCUUCCAUUCAAUUGCUGAUGCUUUGUCUUCAGAAAAUAAAUCCUUAACAAAACAACGUUAGA